AUGACUACCAAUCCUACUCCUAGCGACUCAGAAUCUUCUGCUAACCAAUCCGGAGCAAGCCCCGGCGGCGUUCCGCUUGUUGAAGAAUCCGUUGAGCCUCGGGCCUCCUCCACUCCGGAACCCCAAGUCAAUCCGGAGCAGAAUGAAGCACCCGCUUCCCCGCAAACUGCCCACGCUGAUCACGCUUUUGGGGAGGACUGGAUACAACUGCCUGAUGAAUUCAAUUCUGGCAUUAUGGCCCUCCUUGGACAACUUCAAGGUCCCCUUGCGCUUGAACUAGACGAGGCUGGUGGCCCCAGAUUGCCCCAAGGGCAAGACGAACCUGCAUUUGCUCAGAAUGCCCUAGAACUCGUCCGUCUUCUUCAGGCAAUGCCCCAAGCUGCGCCAGCUCAACCGGCCCAAAUCGACGAAACCGCCUGGGUAGAAAUGCUGCAAACUCUUACUCCUGAACAACGACUCAUCGUCGAAGGUUUUGAGAAUAGGACAAUUACAGUUCGACGAGAGCUUGUCAACAGCCCUGCCCAGGACAAUAAUCGUAUGGUAGCCCUCCGCGAAUUCUUGGAUCACCUUGAAGAGCUUCGCAGAAUUCUGGCCAAUUUACCCCGCGAAACUGCCAGAAUGAUUGAGCGAUUCUAUGCUGAGGCGCAUCGGGAGAUCGAUCGGCUGAUGGACAACCCUGACCAUAUUGCCGCGGCGCGACAAAACAUUGAUCCCCUGCUUGAUAGCCUGAUCAACACUAACUUGACGUCUCUCUCCUCAGAUGUUCCUCAGCACGACUCCACCAAGUGCACAGUCUGCUUGGAGGAGUAUGCUGAAAGCGAUGUAAUUGUGGUACUACCAUGCCACCCAACCCACCACUUUGACCGACGCUGCAUUCACGACUGGCUGCAAACCUUGGUCCCCGGACCUCCUACCUGUCCUAACUGCAGAGCCCCAAUCGUCUUCCAACAUGAUCCUGCCCCUCCCCCUCAGUGA